AUGGACACCGGGAGCGGUAUCUCUCCGUCUUUAGUUUCUAAGGUCAUGGAGGACGAAAACUUAUUUGGGCCGCCUCCUUUAAGCGCGUACAGCAUCGCAAUUUUGAGUGCCCACUCAUCCUCUCGCCCCUCUACCGGAUCUCUAUCUACUGCAGAAAUAAUGGACAAUAGCGAGCUCAAAGAUUCCCUUAAACGAAAAUUCUCUGCCCACCUCGGCGAAGCAUCCAUAUCCACCCAGAGGCGCGUGAGCUUCGACACAAGAGUAUCAACCAAGAGUCACAACAAGAAGACAGAAUCGUACACCAAUCUGCUGAUACAUCAAGAAAGCCAAGAGCAAGCAUUCAGUAACGCUCUUAGUCCAGGACUAACAAGUACAUCCAGUGGCAGUAGCUUUAUGGGCCGCUCUGUGCACAGCCCCAACACGCAUCUCACAUCGCACAGUUUCUACGAGACCGAUCCUAUCGCGACAAUACCAGCACUGGAGGAAGCUUUUCGAGCUGAUUUCGGGAAUGAAUUCCAACUCAAUUCGCUAGACGAGGUGAAAGACAUCUCUGCGUAUACGCCUACACUUGAGACCCUGAAAAUUAUCGUGAACCCCUUGAAGAAGUCAAAAUUAUCACACAACCUUAGGUCUUUGGGCCCACCAAAGCGAGCAUCAGAACUCGAAGCGUCUAUUGAUGAAGAUGUUACCAAAGAGGAGAACAACAGUUUAAUGACUCCAGAAACUGCCAAAACUUCGGAACGCAAUUUGACUAAUCAUAGCGCAUUCAAAAGUCAAGUCACAAAAAGUAGUCCGUUUGAAACACUGAUGGCAAAAAAUGAAGAUCUAAAAUUCGAUCCGCAGAUUGCAAAGCCAGUGAUCUCCAAGGACCAAGUAACGAAGAGCACUGAUUUUUUCAGAAGUCUCGAGAGCCUUAAACACAAAAGCCCUCUAGAAUAUGCCACAAUUGUUCAGCCAAAUUCUAGGACGAAGCGCCAUGUCGUUUCGCCCUCGAAAGCUCCAAUUGCGAGUUCGGGAAACUUUCUGGUCUACAAUGAUGGCAAAAGGACUCACGAGGACAAUAACAUGAUGCAAAAUUCUGACAGUCGAGCUCCUUUGAGUGACAUUUCAUCCUUGUCUGUCAACAAGAAACGGAUUGAUUGCUUUGUCAAACCAAGCUUUCCUACACCUGUCACCAAGAAGACCAGCUCUCGAGACUACUUUCCGACUUCAAUAGACUCGCAGAAAUCAGAGCUACUGUCAGCUACAUCUAAUUCUGUCAAAAAAGUGAUCGUUGUUAACGGCAUUCAAUACGAAAAACUCGAAUUAUUGGGAAGAGGCGGGUCCUCUAAAGUGUACAAAGUGCGUGAAGUGAAUUCUCGUAGAGUCUUUGCCUUGAAAAAAGUUGACUAUGAUCAAUUUGAUGAAUCAUGCGUCAAAGGUUUCAAGAGUGAAAUUGAACAUUUGACUACUUUGAAAGAUCACCCUAGAGUAGUUUCUCUUAAGGACUACUGUUUAAAGGACGGCAGUAUCUACUUGGUUAUGGAAUGUGGAGAAGUUGAUCUUGCACAUGUUCUUCAAAAUCGAAAUAAUGGUAAGCCAGUACUAGACAUCCAUUUUGUACGGUUCCAAGCUGCGGAGUUGUUCCGUUGCGUUCAAGCUGUGCAUCAAGCAGGUAUUGUGCACAGCGAUCUAAAACCCGCUAAUUUCUUGUUUGUGAAAGGAUUCAUGAAAAUCAUAGACUUUGGAAUAGCAAACGCCGUACCGGAACAUACCGCUAAUAUUUAUCGAGAGUCUCAAAUUGGGACACCAAAUUAUAUGGCCCCUGAGACAUUGAUUGAGGUAGGUCAAGCCAAUUGUCCCACAACAGCAGAAAAAUCUAACACCUGGAAAGUGGGAAAGCCCUCUGACGUGUGGUCAUGUGGAUGUAUCCUCUAUCAAAUGAUGUAUGGAAAGCCCCCCUAUGCUGCCUACACGGGACAGAAGCGAGUUCAGGCGAUAAUGAAUCCAGACACGAUAAUACUGUACCCUGAAAAUGGCAUUGGCGGAGUCAAAGUUCCACAAAGCGCAAUAAUUCUCAUGCGUGGCUGCUUAGACAGAAUUCCAGGAUCCAGGUUGUCCAUAGAGGAAUGUCUAAAUUCGGAUUUCUUGAAGCCUAAGGUGGUAAGCAAAGCCUAUGUCCGUGACUUGAUCUACUCCGCUAUUAACUACGGCAUGGAGAAUAGGGACAACGGGAAUGUUUCGAGGGAGAAUUACGAUGAGUUGGUAGAGACAGUUAUAAAACAGAUAGAGGAUCUCAAUUUUGCAUAG